UACACACACACACCAGUCCCACCUCCCUGUACCCAAACUACAGUGAAGCCCAUUCAACCGAUUCUCCGCAGUGCUGGAAGAGCAGAGUGAAGUAAAGAAGGAGAAAGGAGGAGAAGGAGGAGGAGUGAAGAGGAGUGAGUGAGUGAAAGAGGGGGAGAAAAGCGAUGAGAAGAGGGGAGAUUCGGGGGGGAAACACGAAAAAGAGCAAGAGUGUGCGGCGAGAGCAGGAGAGAGAGAGAGAGAGAGAUAAGGGGAGAACUGCAAUUUUGGUGGUCAGGCUUCCCAGUGCGCACGGAUCUCUCGUCGGCUGCACCGUCCGAGCAGCUCUCCGCUCUGCAGGAUGAGUUCAUUCAGCACGAGAGCUCUGACGCUGCUCUCGUCCAUUUUCGGGGCCUGCGGCUUGUUGCUGGUCGGCGUCGCCGUGUCGACGGAUUACUGGCUGCUGAUGGAGGAGGGGAUCGUCCUGCAGCAGAACCAGACCACAGAGGUCAAGAUGGCGCUGCACUCGGGCCUGUGGAGGGUCUGUUUCGUGGCAGGACCAGAGAAAGGCAGAUGUGUGGCGUCAGAGUAUUUCACCGAGCCAGAGAUAGAGAUCACGACAGAGAAUACAGCCAACAUACUCAAAAUGGUCCGAACUGCCACGCCCUUCCCGAUGGUCUCCCUGCUCUUCGUCUUCACAGCCUUCGUCAUCAGCAACAUCGGACACAUCCGGCCGCAGCGCACCAUCCUCGCCUUCGUCUCUGGAAUAUUCUUCAUACUGUCAGGUCUCAGUCUGGUCGUUGGUCUGGUCUUGUACAUCUCCAGCAUCAAUGACGAGGUGAUGAACCGACCCAGAGAGCCGGAGCAGUUCUUCCACUACCACUACGGCUGGUCGUUCGCCUUCGCCGCCUCCUCCUUCCUGCUCAAAGAGGGUGCAGGAGUGAUGUCCGUCUACCUCUUCAUGAAGCGUUACGCUGAGGAGGAGCUGUACCGGCCUCAUCCCGCCCUCUACCGCCCCCGCAUGUCCGACUGCAGCGACUACAGCGGCCAGUUCCUCCACCCGGACUCCUGGCCUCCACCCCAGCGAGGCCGCAGCGCCUCCGAGGUCUCCUCCGACAUCUCCAUACAGCUCAACCAGACUCCACCACAGCCGCCACCCAAGGGCGGCGGCAGCUCCCAGCCGACGCCCUCUUCCUCCGGGCCUUCAUCGGCGGCCAGCUACCAGCUCCAGCCGGCCUCCUCCUCCUCCACCUCCUCCUCUUACCCACACCCCCUCCACCUGGCUGCCACCUCCACCUUAACCAGAGCGUCCCACGCCCACGCUCACCCUCACCCCCACCCACACCCCGCGGGGCCCCCGCCCCAGUCCCUGCCUAUGGCAGGGCCGCCCUCAGCCGUGCCUCCCCCACGCUAUCACACGCACAUGCGAAUGAGCGCCUCGCCAUGCUAGGCGCCAUACGCAGGGAAGGGGAGGGUAAACACAACUGGGGGUGGGGGGGGUGGAGGGGUUAGAUUGGCUCUGUUACAGCUCUUACGCACCACAAAACAACACACACACACACACAAACACACAAAUCCUGUAUGCUCGGAGUGUGUGGGAGGCUGCUGCAGAGAGGAUGAAAGAGGGAGGUUUAAGGAGAUCAAAAAGAGGAAAGCGGAGAAAAGAAAAAAGGGGGAGGAGAGGCAGGUGGGCGGAGGGAUGACUCACCGCUGGUGUCGAGCCCGAGUCGAAGACAGACACUUAACGAAACUUUUAACACACUGGGAGGGAACAUGGGAGGGGAGGAGUGAGGGAUACCAUGAUUAGUAGCAACAAGACGCUCGUGGGGUUUCUGACGGGUACAUUCAUCAUCAGGGCCGUGAUACACAGGCAACAGUGGGAAGCAGCACGGGAAGCAGGACCAUGAAUCAUUUCCCCCCAAAAAACGCUGCCCAUUCACAAAAAGAACAAAAAUGUUAAACAGCAUAUCUGGAUUUAAAUGUAUUAUCCUCUCAUCAAGCAAGGACUACGGAGAGUUCCUGGAAAAGACGGAAAAACAAACAUCUCGUUAUAGUUCCAUGGACAUGGUUGGGAAGCUCACUUAAUUACAUCCUGAUUACUUUUGAUUACUUUCUAAAUAAACGUUUAAACCAAGA